AUGGGCAAGAAGGGGCAGCCAGCUGCGCCGGAGACUGUCGAGGAUCCAACUGACGAUGAAGAGGAACGAGAGGUGGAUGCUCCACUUCCACCCGAGGCAGCCUCCAAGAUUCUUGAGGCCUUGGAUUGGCAGGUUUGCGUGAUGCCUUCGACUCGGCAGAGAUAUUUCUAUUCCAAGACGAGGCGGCAGGCACGAGUGCAGCCGCCCUACCAUUCCAUUUUGGGCUUGGAGGACACUUUCUCUCAUCAUCCCAGUUGGAUUGAUCGUGACGUGGCCUGGGACAUGCAUGGUGCAGCCACGAGCAUCAUGAGCAGGAAGCAGUCGCUGCAAAACCAUCCGCCAGCCUCCACGCUUCCUGAAGGCUCAACUUCUGUCGGCCUGGAUCUGUGCCUGUUUGUGCCCGUUGCUUCGCGGACAUGGGCUUCUGCAUUGUUGGUCCUCGACCUGGAGGGCGCAAUGUCGUCGCAGCAUCUGCAGACAAGAGCUCUGACUGACUUCGAAAGCUGCUCCGAAUAUGAGGAGGAGGCAAAGAGGAGCCUCACUGAAUCCAGCUGGGACUAUAUAGCCGGAGGGGAGAGCGACACCAUGCAGCGCAACCUGGAUGCUUUCAAGUCUUUUGCGCUGCGGCCGCGGAUUCUGCAAGAUGUCUCUUGCAUCAGUACUGACUGCAGUAUCUUCGGAAAGCGCUGUGCAACUCCGAUCUAUCUCAGCUCACUUGCCAAGGGGUGCUUGGUUUCCAAGGGUGGGGAGGCUACCUUCGUCCGUGCUGCGGCCAGGUGUCGGACGAGGUUCAUCGUUCCGUCCAUAUCAAGUGUUCCCCUUCGUGAUGUAUGGGCCGCAUCCGAAAGUUGCGAUCUGGCUUUCCAGUUUUACCUUCUGGGAGACGAAGUUUCCAGUAUAGAGCGGCUGCACGAAGCGAUUGCCCUCGGUGCAUCUGCCAUCGUUGUUACAGUUGAUGCCAAUGCUCCACGAAAGGGUGCACUUUUCCGUGCAACGGCUGGUGCGACGGGGGUCUUUCCGAGCCCGAGGCUGUCUUGGUCUCGACUGGCCGAGCUCAAGGCAAUGCUGCCAAGAGGGAUGCCGAUGUAUUUGAAGGGAGUCCAGACGGCGGAGGAUGCUUUGAAAGCUGUAGCGGCAGACGUGGCAGGCAUCAUCGUUUCGAACCAUGGAGGUCGAGUGUGUGGAGAUUCGAUGGCAGCCUUGCACUGCCUGGAAGACGUAGCUUCGGCUCUGCGUGCUGCGGGCGUGCUGGGGAAGAUCGAGCUUUACUUCGACAGUGGUGUUCGGAGUGGCCGAGAUGCUUUGAAGGCCUUGUGUCUUGGAGCCACCGCUGUCGGGAUCGGCCGUCCGUAUUACUGGGCCGCCGCGUGCCACGAAGAAGAUGGCAUCGUAGCCCUCUUGCAGAUGCUCACUUCAGAGCUGCAACAUGCCAUGGCUCAAAUCGGAACAAGCACGUUGCAUGAAUUGUCUCCCGACAGCUUGUGCCACGUCGUGCCUGCGCCUUCCAGGCUGUAA